AUGGAGGGAGCGAGCUUUCAGCCCCAUCCCGGACUUCAGCAAACUCUGAAGCAGUUCCAUCUGAGUUCCAUGCGCUCUCUCGGCGGACCGGCGGCGUUUUCCGCUCGGUGGCACCAGGACGCGCUCUUCGGUAAGGAUGGGAAAUCCGCGGAGAUGAUGUUGGCUCUGCCCGCGCAGACACCCCCGGUGCUGUCCGGGCCACUUUUCAUCCCGUCCGACCGCUCCACGGAGAGGUGCGAGACGGUGCUGGAGCGCGAACCCAUCUCCUGCUUCGUCGUCGGCGGCGAGAAGCGGCUGUGUCUGCCUCAGAUCCUCAACAGCGUCCUGAGGGACUUCUCCCUUCAGCAGAUCAACUCGGUGUGCGACGACUUGCACAUUUACUGCUCCAGGUGCACGGCGGACCAGCUGGAGAUCCUGAAGGUGGUGGGCAUCCUGCCCUUCUCCGCGCCGUCCUGCGGGCUUAUCACGCAGACGGAUGCUGAGCGCCUGUGCAACGCGCUCAUCUACGGCGGCAGCUUCCCUCCUCACUGCAACAAGGAGUUGGGGCCCCUGGAGCUGGAGCGCACGGAGAAGAGCUUCAAAGUCUAUCAUGAGUGUUUCGGCCGAUGCAAAGGUCUGUUUGUCCCGGAACUGUACUCGAGUCCGAGCGCCGCCUGUAUCCAGUGCAUGGACUGCAGACUCAUGUUCCCUCCUCACAAGUUUGUGGUGCACAGUCACAAGAGACUAGAGAACCGGACAGUGCACUGGGGCUUCGACUCCGCCAACUGGCGGGCCUAUGUGCUGCUGGACCCGGACUACACCGGGAAGGAGGAGAAGAACCACCUGGAGCAGUUGCUAAAAGAGUUAAAGGGAAAAUAUGAUCUGACGGGGAAGCUGUCCAGUAAAUCAUGCAGAUCCCCCAGCCCAGUCCCAGCCAAAAAGACCAAAUUCGACAAAUUGCAGUCUCCGUCAGCUGACCAAGAACGGAAACCUGAUUGGUUGCAAUCUCUGUCAAAGUCUGCACACAAGGACCUGAAACAGGCCCAGCUGAAGCAGAGGCCUUCUGCAUUCCGCCCAUGGUCUCCUAAAGUAGCAGAAAAGGAGAAACCAACAGCUCAGAAUGAGCUGGAGAGGUCCUUCUCGAAGACUCAGAAAGCCGUAUUGGUGCCCAAUCUGACCGUAGCUCCCCUGGUCUCACCAGUGAACCCCAGGGACAUCCACGCUCCUGGCAGGGGGCUCACGGCCAUCUCCAGAACACCACAGGAGCUACAUAACGGAGUGUCUCACCCAGCUGUAAAUCCUGCUCUGUCCAAUGACACAGACGGAGAGAUCGAUGUGGAUGACUGUGAUGACCGUCCAGUGCCAACAUCUUCCCUGGCUUCUCCUCCCUCAGCCUCCACCAGCGUGACUCAGAGUCUAACUCCUCAGGGCGCUCCUCGGCCUCAGGAGGGGUCUGCCCGGCUGUCAGGGGCCAUUUGCCCAGAAUUGGAUGCCCUUAGACAGAUGCUGUAUGGCUGCAUGGACACUAAAGAGACCAGGGAAAAACUCCUGCAGGAGAUCAUCAAAAUGAGAGCGAAGCAGGAGGAGAAGUUGGCAGCUGCCGUGCAAGCAAAACGCAGCCUUCAGCAGGAGUUGGAGUUUGUGAGAGUGGCUAAAAAAGGUCGUCUUCGCGAGGCGAUCGAAGCCAAGCGCAACCUGAGAAAAGAGAUCGAACGCCUUCGCGUGGACUGGGAAAGGAAGAUGAGGGAUGCAGAGGACUCCUGCGGGCGACUGAAGAGAGAGCUGGAGAGGGAGAGACAGCUGAGAGUCUGUGACAAAGGCUGUGAGGCUGAACGGCUUCGGGUCAAAUACUCCACUCAGAUUGAAGAGCUGCACCUGCAACUGCAGCAAGCGGAAAGCGACCGUGAGCAGCUGAGACAGGAGCUCCAGCAGGAAAGAGAAGCACGGCAGAGCCUGGAGAGCGUCGUCAAAGACCUGCAAACCCAGCUGGCCCUGCAGGGCGACUGCAGCACUCCUACAGAAUCCCAGGACGCUACGACAGAUGCACAGAAACAGAUCACACAAAACGCCAACGCAUCGUAAACUUGCACAUUAAAAAAAAAACAACAACUGGAGUGUAAGACUCAGAUUUUUUUUUUUAAUAAAAGGAGCAUGGUUGUGGAUUUUGUUUCACCUCCUGUCAGAAAAAGAAACUGAGUCAAAUGAGAAGUGAGUUUUGGAACGCAAGAAUUCAUCAGAGAUAAAACUGUGUGAAAGAAACAGAUUUUCUUAUGACUGUUUUACGACACGAACUGGAAAGUAGCAUGAUGUCUCAGCAUGUCACAGAGCGUGGGUGGGAGGGGGGUGAGGGGGGGUCCCUCUGACGCCCUCAGUUCGACACCCGACGCUGUCCAAGGAUUUUAUUUUGGUAUAAGCUAUUCUAAGAUGUGCAAGGACCGCCACAUAACACUACUUGAAUAUGAAGGGAAGAAAUGUGUUGCGCUUGUUGAAACAGAAGCGGAUGAUGAAACUUUUUGGUGCCACACUCGGUUCACUCAGAGGUGUCGUUCCUCACCACUGGAAAACAAAAAAACAAAACAAAAUGACACCAGUUUACCACUAUUUACAUUCAAUAUCAGCUUGCUUUUUAUAACUGUGUAGAUGAUGGACUUUUUAAUAAACUUUUUGCUUUCACAGCAGCACUGUAAUUCCAUAGUCAAAUUUCCAAAAAAUAAAAAUAAAUACAAAAAUAAAUAAAAAUCAACACUAUAUGAACAUAUACGCAUGUAUACCAACUUGUUUUGUAUUUUUUAAGAAAAACCUGAAGUAUUGGAGGUUAUGUGGGCUGCCUUCAGGUCCACACCUGUUUCAUGCUUAGAUAUUUUAUGGAAGUGUUACUUUUUUAUAUUAUAGCACAUCUAAAUUCAAUGUGUUGUUUUCCAGCUUUUUUUUUUUGUGCAACCAAACGUGAUAAAUAGCAAACUUUGUUGCCCAUGUUAGUGAGUUGUGCAGGUUAGUCUACAGUUAAAAUAAAUAAAUACAUAUAUACAUAAAUAGCUGUUUGUUUUUGUUGAGAUGCGGUACUUGUGUUUUUUUUUUUAUUGAGUAUUGUAAAAUAAUUUAUAUUCUAUAAUUUGCUGCCUAUCAACAGAAAGCAUUCAUUUUUAGUCACUGGUUUUAGGACUUUUAUCUCAAACAAUGCUGUUUAUAACAACAUUUAUACAUAUAUACAAAAUAUGGAUAUAUAUUUUUUUACUUUAAGGAAUUGCACUUUCUAAAGAAACCCCCUUACGUUGUGCAUUGUACUCCCUGUUACAUUUUUUUUCCAAAUCACAAGUUAACAGAAACUUUGAAUUUAACAGGCUUUCUCUCAGUAUAUUUGAUGUAAAUACAAUGAUAUUGUACAUAAGGUAUUUGUUGGUAUGUUUGCUUGCUCCAGACUUAAAUUGAUAUGAAUAUUAUUUUUUGCUCUUACUUGAAACCAAAAAAAGUCUAUAUUUGGAUUUGUAAAACUGCGAUUUCAAUGUUGUACCCCUGACUAUGAUGGAAAUCACAGGGCAUUUAUCAGAAUGAAUGAAACCAUGAGCUUGACCUCACAGUACAUUUUACAGGUUUGACACUAUCAGAAUAUUAUGUUUCCACUGAUUUUGUUUAAGUGAGAUCUUUAUUAUUUGAUAAAUUAUAGAAAACAUAUUAUGCCGCAGACCAAAAACUGAAAAAAUGGAACUGAAAUCACAACAACUGCUCCUUCAGCUGCUGACUCUUCUCUUCACAUAGAAGUGACACUUUCAUCAUCUUAAACGUUGGGUGCUCUUGUAUAUUUUAGACAAGAAACACUUUUAUGUCUUAUCGUUAUGAUACCCUUGCUCAGUAUUUGUUGGGUACAGUGUAAUAGCAAUAUCCAUUUUGUUAGCUGAUGCUGUUGUAGUUUUGGUUUGGAAGUGGGUUUUCACUUGCCUCUUUUUCCUUUGGAAAACUUGUAUAAUACCCAAUAAAAUCUAAAUCAAGUGA